AAAAUGGAGGCGUGUAAGUGCGGCGCAUGCGCACUCGCGUCCACAACUCUCCAGUCCAGCCCACAAGCGCAGACAUCAACAAGAGACGCCGUAGUCCUGUUUGAAAAUACAAACCCUGUACGGAAUACUACUUUUGUUUUCGCCAACUUUUCACAACUUUGGACGAUGUUUGGCUUCCACAAGCCAAAAAUGUACAGGAGUUUGGACGGCUGCUGCAUCUGCCGCGCAAAGUCGUCCAGCUCUCGCUUCACGGACAGCAAGCGUUACGAGAAAGAUUUCAGGAGCUGUUUCGGAUUGAGCGAAAUGCGAUCUGGAGAGAUCUGCAACGCUUGUGUGCUCCUGGUGAAGCGAUGGAAAAAGCUACCGGUGGGAACCAAGAAGAACUGGAAUCAUGUGGUCGAUGCUCGAGGUGGUCCUAGUCUAAAGUUGACCUCCAGGCCCAAGAAGAUCAAGUCCAUUACCAAGAAAGCCCGUCCAAGCCAGAUCAACAGGCUGCAGAAAGAGCUCAAAAGAAACAAUUCCGACGCCCACAGCACCACAUCCAGCGCUUCCCCGGCUCAGUCUCCCAGCUACAGUAACUUGUCCGACGACGGCUCCGACACUGAGCUGAGCCGACACGGGUCUGGCCGCUCGCCUGUCUUCUCCUUCCUGGACCUCACCUACUGGAAGAGACAAAAGGUGUGCUGCGGAAUCAUCUACAAGGGUCGCUUCGGUGAGGUUCUGAUCGACCCCCACCUGUUCAAGCCGUGCUGUCGCAAGAAGCAGCAGCAGCAGCGGCAGGAGGAGGACGAUGAAGAAGAGGAACAGGAUGAUGAUGACGACGACGACGUGGAGGAGGAAGAGGUGGAAGUCGAGGGGGGCCUGGAGGGAGGUGUGCCCGUAAGCCGGGUGACAUCCCCUUCCGAGGAGGAGCAGCAGGGGAAGGAGACAGCGGCGGUGGCGGCAGAUCAGCUACGUGUCACCGUGGUGACGACAUCAGAAGAAGGCUGGUAAAGUCGCAAAGGUCUCCUGCACAGGUCUCCACCGUCCUCCUCGAGCACUUGCAAGGCGUCUCACAACGCCUUUGGUGAUUUAAAGCAGCUGAAAAUUUUCUGGUCUUCUCCGUCACAAUGCUGGAGAUUUGUUUUCUGUAUUAGAGCAGUGUUUCCCAACCUUUAUUGAGCCAAGGCAUAUACAUUACAAUACUAAAUAAAUAAAACAAAGAAAUCAAUAGUACACUACCAAACAAAUAAUGUCCACAAAUGAAAUGCACAGGUUAAUUAAUUAUGUACCUUCUUUCAUUGUUCUGCCUGUUACCAUAUGUCAUUGGCAUAGAUGGAUAAACAUAGAUAUAUUACUAUUGGUGAAUGAAUAUGAAUUUUCAGGUCAAUGAGGUGAAAUUGGAUAAUUUCCUGUGACACCUAAUGAUAUGUAGGGUUCCAAAGAGGGUGUACUUUUUCCAGCAAAGUUCCCCAAAGUUUCCGGUAAAUCUCCAGGAGUAGUUCAACUGGGAAAUUUCAGAAAUCUUGCAGUUUGGAAAGUUUCUGUCCAAAUUACAGUGGUGCCUUGCGAUACAAUUUGAAUUUGUGUCGUGACCAUGCUCGUACCUCUCUCAAAUCAACCCUUUCUCCGUUGAUAUGAAUUGAAAUGCCAUUAAUUCGGUCCUGCCUCUUCCCAUCAGAAAUGCUUGUCACGUGUUUUUUACUGAGUGGAAGAUAGCAAUCUGUAAUGUUGUACUUUAGAAAUAACAUACAGUAUAUUAAUAACAUCAUUAGAAUAUAAAGAAAUCAGUCGUUUGUGCUCAAAAUUAAUCAAUUGUGACUCCUUCUGGACGACUUGGCCACUGAGAGCAGUUAUAAUGCAGUCAUGCAGACACAAGCGAAGAUUUUUCUGAUGACUGCGCCUGACUCGGGCGGCACUAAUAUUAGUCAUUUAUUUGCGGAGGGUAAAGAACACGUGUCCGUGAGUAAAGUUAUAUUCUCUGUCUACAUGUGUUGCUGCACAGUUUGUGUUCGAAUAUCUGUUACUUAUAGUCUUUUAAAACCGCCAUAGAAGCUAGUUGUUAACCCAUCGAUGGUCUAAGUACACCAUGUGUAAAACUCUGUGUUUUAUGAUUAGUUUGACACUAACUACAACCGGAGGUGGCGGUAAACGUGAAUAUUUUCCUAGCUAGUUGUGCGAAGAGUUGAGUUGCAUUCAUUGCCGCCAGAUCUCAUAUCUCACAUUUUUGCAUGCAAGUCAAGCAAACAAAACCUGCCGAAUGAUGGCUUGUACCUCAAAACACCAAAGUCGCAUCACUUGUACUUAAAGGCACCACUGUAAAUGCGAGAUGAGGAUAAGUUAAAGGAAAGUUUGCAUAUUCAAGCAUGAAUAUAAUGUGUUUUGUUUAGUCCUAAGCAUGCAUCACGACAAUCAUCAAUUUCAUUUUGUCGGUUUUCAACCCGACCGCUGCGGCAUUAUUGGUUGGGACUCACUGUAUUAGGCAGAUAACGUAUGAACUUUCAUGUCUUUCAUCUUGUCCUAUUUAAUAGUCUUGCCUUCCCGACAAAAGGACCAUCACCUCUCGUGUUUUUGUUUUUUGUUUUUAGACUCAUGCUGGACUUUUAGUUUGCGGGUAUGUUUAGAUUUCACAAUGCAAUACAGUCGAUCCCCGUUUCUUCCGCAAGACCUCGGUGCUACUUUGAGGUUCAUCAACCAACUUUUAGGAUGUAAACCUCAAAAAGAAUGAACAUUCACAGUGCAUUUAGACAACGAAGACAGCCCUCUUCACAUGUAGAAAAAAAUCAAGAGACCUUGGGAAUCAUUUUUUUCCCCCAUGUGUUCACAAUCUAUCUCGUUGUAAUCCAGAAUGACUGACAGUUUAGAGAAUUUUUUUCCCAACAAUACAAUACUAGUACAUGCUUUGUCCUCCAGAGUAUGACAGUUCAGCACAUGAGUAAAAUGACUAGUGAAGUUGUUUUUCACGACUUACUGGUGACUGAAGUGUUGACGAGUUUGCUUUCGUCACUAGUUGCUCGCAGUUGUCAUCUAGUGCACAGUUUUGCCUCACUAGUAUCAUGCAGUUGCCCUACUAGUUUGCCAAAGUUGCGCAAAAAGUGAGGACAAAGUACAUACUUGUACAAGAUCUUAAACGGAUGUCGGAAAAAGUGCUCCAACGGUGGCCUCUCCCUACUCUCAGAGUAAGUUAAGUGAUGCCCACUCCCGUCAAAAGAGUUGGUGUUUGUGGACCGGAUUAGUUAAACGUGUCCGCAAACACUGGGCUGGGCUGCGCUCCAGUUUGAAAGCAGGCCUAUUCACAGCUUCAACAGCAAAAGCACCAGCCUUACUCACGUGUGCGUCACACACACCGUGCAUAUAGUGUUCAUUCCAAAUCAGUUUCGAGAAACAAGAGCGAGAAGGGGAAAAAAAGGGACAGUCGCGGUUAUUUAUUGUGGCCUCAGCAACACGGAGUGCAUUUUUUUUUUUUUUUUGCAUGACCAGCAACGCCCACUCAUCCAAAAGACCCCCACGAUCUGAUGCGUGAGUCGACGAAAUUGCACGGCCUUACAUAGAGUGUAAAUCGUACUUUUUUUUUAAUGAUUAUUUUUAUUUUGGAUCAAUUUCUCUGAUGAGAUUAUUUUUGUAUGUAAAACAGAAAAAAACCUAGAAACGUGGAAAAAAAUAGAAGUGUCUUUGCGUCACAAUAACACAACAUGGCAGCGAAAACAGAGAAUCAAUUUAAAGUUAGCAAUAUCAAUAUCACUCUUUUCUGUCAUUCCCCGGUCAGUAUAUGACAUAAAAGUAACUUUAAACAAGCUUAUGAAGAGCUGUUCCAACAUUUAUUCACUAUCCUUGAUAUCUUUGUUCUGUCCAGGUACUAUGGUACAUGUAGACCAAAAGUAGCACGAGUAGUGGCAAAAAAAACGUUACUAAUAAGACACAGGUGUUCCACCAGUGGCCUGAAUAGUCUUACUUGUAAAGACACAGAGUGUACUAGUACAUGGACCUUAAACUGGAUAUCAAUGAUAACAAAUGAUACAUGCUCAAGGGACUUUUUACACAAGCUGAAAUUCUAUGCCAAUGCUCUUAUGUACCACAAAUGUGUAGUGAUACUCAUUUGUUUAUGAGGUACCUCCAUAAAACAUGUAUUUUGUAAAAUCUCUUUGAUAGAGGUCAAUUUUUGUUUUUUGGAUGUAUUUUAUUUCUCACCCGUCUGACAUUGCUCACUUGUCUUGCGGUAUUAAUAAAUCUUUCUAUUAUUUUGCGCACCUAGAUAUUAGGGACACCGCCGAGCAGCUUGCAAACUGACAUAUUUUGUCAAAUGAAAUGUUCUUUUUAAAAAAUAAUAAAUCUGUGUUUAUUUAAUUUGACAAGUGAGCAUGUAAGAUGACUUUAUUCAUCAAGCGGAAGCCAAAGCACAUUGAAAAUCCCCCCCCCCCCCCCCAACAAUGUCGAAGGCAAUGCAGGUUUUUUAUGGACACUUGUGCUUGUUCCAUGUCAUUUAUAUGUAUGUUUGUCAUUCUUAAAAAAAAGGAGAAAAGAAAAAAAUAACACUAAUAUGAAAUUUCACAUUGUAGUCGGGAAGCUGCGGGUAGGCUAUGUAUAUAUUACAAGGCUGGGUUGGCCCUGAUGGGGUUUGGUUAUUUAUUUAUUUCAUAUUUAUUUUAUCUCGUUGCAUCCCUGCUUCUCAAGUUCGAAUACUUGCUUUGAAUUAUUUCCAGCUUGAGCGUCCGCAUCCUGAGGUUCAUCCUGAGCAAAUUCUCUCGUGACAUUUGCAUCACAUCAAAUGACUAGGUUGUCCAUACUUGUGAAGUGUUAAAUAUUUAUUUCCUUGUCAUUUGACUCGUGUACAACCUAACUUAUUAUCUGCCGACAUCACUUUUAGAUGUGUGUGUCAACGUAGACUGAGCAGCUGGUAGAUUGCAACCAAACUGCAUUCCACUCCCUCUGUUUUGAGUUUUAGAGAACGAUCACUAGGAUCUGCCGCGCUAGACUUUGCAUGUAUUGUUUGGUAUGCAUUUAUUUCGCUUACACGUUAGAUUAAGCGCUUUUGUAUUUUUUUAUACAUCAUGUACUUUUUUUACUCGUUCCUUAAUAAAAGUAAUUUUGUGAGUUUUA